CUUUAUCAGCACAUCAAGUGUCAAAAUUUGGUAGUGGCAGGUUAGCAGGUGCCAGUUUCUUUUCGAAUUGGGUGAUUUUUGACAUAAAAACAUCUUCACUUACCUAAUCAAUUAGAAAACUUGUAAAUCUACGGUGGACCAAUUCUAGAAAAUUAAUGAUUUAAUGGGGCAAACAUGAACAGCAUCGGCGAGGAAUGUACUGAAUUAAAGCGGCAAUACGACGCCUGCUUCAACAACUGGUUCUCGGAGAAGUUCCUCAAGGGGCAAACCGACGACUCUAUGUGUGCUCCGAUAUUUAAAGUCUAUCAAGAAUGCGUGAAGAAAGCAAUGAAAGCGCAGAAUAUCGAGUUUAAGGAAAUCGACGGUGACUACUUAAAAGAUGAGUUCAAAGACACACCUCCAGGCAAAGGUAGCUGACGCUCGCUUCAAGGAGAUAGCGCUUCAAAUCAGUCACGCUCUAGAACUCGAUUCCAUUCAAUUUAAAAGCAGAAUAAUCAUCAGAAAAUUACAGGGUAGCAACUAGCGUAUGCAGACCACAACUUUGCUCUAAAUUGAAAUUAUUUCUAGUAAACUUUUUAUUUGAUGUUCUCUAAUUAUUUUUAUUUACACAUUAGAACUAAAAAGCGUCUAACGCAUUGUCAAGAAAGUUUUGUACAAAACAGAAUCGU